AUGGUUGGGGCGAAAACCCCGUGGCCAGCCCUUUCAGGGGUUCCCGAGGCGGCAAACUCAUCAAAUCAGAACUUUCUUACUUGCGUACUGAACCUUCACGCCCACGCGAAAUCGUUCAUUUCGCACAACGAGCAGGCCCGAAAACAGCUACCAAAGCCUGUUAUCGACUUCUUCGAGCAGGUAGUCACCUACUGCAGUUUCAUGCAACGCCAAACAACGGAUAUUCUCGAUAGGAAUGCUCAUUUAGGCCCUGAGCUGGCUUCGAUCAAGCAGAUCCUUCAGAACGUUCAACAACAUACUUACAGCACCCAGUCAAGCAUUCGGAACCAGAGCUACCAAUCUUGGGCUUCCGUGGUCAGGAAUGCGUCUCCUCCAGCUCAUACGCUAUCCACUUACGAUUCCUCCAGCACCGCCCCGGCCACCCCGUCAGAGCUCAGCAAGGACCGCGAAGUAAUCGUUAAACUGCGAGAUACUGGUGCCCAGAAGACCUACCGAAAGAAGUUAUCGGCAGAGAUAAAGGACAAAGCAGAGAGUAUAAAGAAAAGAGGUGCAGCAACGAUUCUAACGCUCUCCCUGGCGAGGGCCCGAUUCGUUUCCGCCAGGCAGCUGCGCUCGGGAGAUCUCAGCCUGGCCCUACGUACUGCCGCGGAAGCCGAGACUGCCAGGAUCUACGAUAAAUGGGCGGAUCUUAUGUCAAGCGAGGCCACCCUGCGACGCCCUACAUGGGGCGUGGUAGUCCAUAGCAUCCCGAUCAAGUCAAUCCAGGACCUGAACGAUCAGGGCGAACAGGACCGAGUAGCCAGCGAGCUACUCGACGAAAACAGGGAGAUUUGGAAUCAGAAACCUGAUAUCAAGCGCGUGGCCUGGCUUACCUAUCCUUCCAAUUACAAGAACCAGAAAUCCUCUGCUCUCGUUGUCGAAUUCUCUGAUCCAAGACAUGCAAACGAGGUAAUCAUGAAAGGGACUAUUUGGGCUAGCGAUAGCCGGAUGACUGUUCUAUACGAUAGAAACGCGCGGAUUCGGCGAUACUUCAAAUGUCAGCAAUAUAGACAUAUAGGAAUCGUUUGUUCGAAUAAAACAACCUGCGGCCUCUGUGCCGAAGGCCACGAGACCCAGUCUUGCGUACAGAGGUCUGCCCCCAGUAGCCAGGGACGCAAAUGCGCUGGAUGCGGCGAAACGCACGCCGCCUGGCCAAGAAUCUGUACGAGGUACGUAGCGGAGCAAGAACGGGUGCAAACUGCAGCUCAAUAUCGGCAGCCCCUGUACCGCAUCCCGCCCUAUCUACGGGAUUAUCCCUCCGUGGGUAGCGAUACGGAGACCUCUGGCCCGCCCAACAGCGAGGGGCGGGCUGCGGGAUCUGGGAGACAGAGGGAGAGAUGGACCCAGUCAAUCAGCCGGCCAGCGGAGCGGAAUCACUCUACAGUAAGAUUUCAAAAAGGAUCUAUACUGUUAUACAGCUCGCAGGAGCUUGUUCUUGUGCAGCAAGAAGAGGCCCUGAUAGAUCUAAGUCCGGAGAUAGACGUAGACCCUACCCCGUCCGAGACAGAACCGUCGAUUGCCCAGCAAAUCAAUAUAAUCAGCGAACCGGAGACGCCCGCACCAGUGACCCCUGCCCCCAGGGGUUGUACCCUGAGCAAGAGGCGCCCCCGCAGCAUCACUUUGCGGGCAACGAGGCGAAGCGCUAGACACCAGGUAACGCAGGAAGCUGCCCCCUUUGCCAUUUCGCCUGCUACAGGGGACAUCCUUCUAGCGAAGAGGACCCGAAGCAAGCAGCCAACCUACCGAGAACGAUCAAUAUCGACUAGCGAUAUCACUAGCGAUAACGCAGUAAUAGCCCUCCUAAAAUCGCCGGAGGCAUCUCUUAUCCCUGCACCUACCCCCUCAGGGCAUUCGACCACGAUCGUCUUGGCUGAGGACAACACGCUUGCCCGCUCAGUUGGCACCGGCACCUUAGGCUUGGUCAAUGACCUCACUACUAACAAUACUAAUGAUUACGUCCUCUUACUGGGGGACUUCAACCUUCACCACCCGGCCUGGGGCGGCGAGAAUGCCGCCCGGGAUACCCUUUCUAAUCAGUUACUUGACUUAAGCGAUAGAAGGUGCCUGGAUCUCUGGCUAAAGCCGGGCACCACUACCAGAGACGAAGCCGGAGCGAAGACUACAAUUGAUCUAGUCCUCGGCUCGCAGGACCUGACCCCUAGGCUGGUUGCCUGUAAGGUUACUAAAAAGAUUCACGCAGAUUCUAAUCACCUACCUAUACGGACCCUUAUCGACAUCCAAACCAAGAUUCCGGAGGCGCAGCGGCGCCGCAACUGGAAGGCGUGCAAAGUGAAAGAUCUACAGACUUUUGUAGAUCUGAACCUAUACAGUAAGGCCUUUCCACUUGAGAAUAAGCAGCAUAUUGAACUCGCAAUAGAGUUCUUUAUUGAAACGGCCAGGAACCGGGACGCCUCCGGUGGACUGGUCCCAACACUGAAAAUACCAGAUAACGGCCUCGCAGAAACUGCAGAACAGAAAGUUAAAACAUUCCAGAAGGCCUUCUUCCCUCAUCUACCUCCCGCAGACCUUUCCGAUAUCCCUACGACCUCCCUACCUCGGCAACUUGGCUUCCCGGAUCUCGCUGAACACGAGGUACUGCGCUGCAUCCGAAAGGCGCCUCCUGACAAGGCCCCCGGACCCGACGGCAUCCCUAAUAAGGUCUGGCACUGGUUAGGUGAGGUUCCCUCCUUCGUGAAGGCGCUUACGAGCGUCUUUAACGCCUGUAUCCGGCUCGGGCAUAACCCCGGAUAUUUUCAGCAAUCUAUAACGGUUGUCUUCCGUAAGGCCGCGCCACGGGAUUAUCGAGUUACUAAAUCUUACCGGCCUAUUGCCCUCUUGAACACACUCGGUAAGAUUCUAGAGGCAGCUAUCGCUACCCGCAUAGCCUACGCAUUGGAGGAACAUAGCUUACUGCUACGAGGGCACCUAGGGGGACGCAAGGGUAUCUCCGUCGACCAUCUAAUUCAACUACUGAUAGAUGCUAUCUUUGAUGACUGGGGCCGAGGCCAGAAGAUUGACGAUGCCUGUACGAUCGCUCUUUCCGGGUCCUACGCAGCUAAUCAGCGUCUACUGGAGUGGGCACUCGAUAAGGCUGCUAACGGGAGCGCCAGGGAGGGUCCCGUUGAACCCCCGGGGCAUGACCAGCUGCCAAUAAAGGAUCACGCAACAGGCCACGUCAUUCGACCAGUAGAACACGCUAAAUACCUCGGAAUUUGGCUUGAUAAGACUCUCUCCUUUACUACCCACUGCACCAAGGCGGUAGCGAAGGCGAACGGAAGCCUCGAAGCCCUACGAAACAUCUCUGCGUCCACAUGGGGCACGUCCCUGCUGAACAUGCGGACUAUAUAUCUGGCCGUAGUAGUCCCGCAAAUGCUCUACGGGGUUGCUGCAUGGUAUAGCCCUACCAGCGGGCGUUCUAAGUAUGCAAAACGGCAGAAGACCAUCAACGAAUUCGAACGAAUCCAGACGCGGGCAGCAAUACUCAUUAGUGGAGCAUUCAGAAAUACUGUUUCUGCAGCUCUAGGAGCAGAGCUGUUCCUGCUUUCGGUCUGUCUGCACAUACAACAGAUAAUUGAGGAGACUACAAUCCGGAUACAGACCGGACCGGCUAUGGCCUGUCCCCAGGGAUUAGUCAAGAAGAGGAGCUCAGCGGAGAUAAAAUGCUUUAACGGCCACGUAGGGGGCGCUGCAGUCUCGAUUCGGGCCGGAAAGGUCCGCAAGAAAUACCUAGGAGCCGCGGCUGACCCCACUGUCCAGGCGGCCAUUCAAGCCGUGCAGAACCCUGGCCGACCAUCAGGCCAGUACGUACUACGGGCUAUCUACGAGAGGAUCAGGACCCUGAGAGGCAGCAGCAUGCAGCAGGAAGAUAUAGAGCUGCGCUGGAUCCCUGCGCAUAUCGGUAUAGAAGGGAAUGAACGAGCUGACGAGGCGGCCAAGAGGGCCGCGAUAAAGGGGAUUGAAUUAAGCUCAGUAGGGCCGCGGGAGCUGGCCGCUCAGCCAAUCACGAGGCUCGCAGCUGCAGCCAAAACUGACGUAUGCAGUAUCGAAUAUUCCCGGUUCAUGCCUUAUUCUCACUCCUCCUUUCGAGGCUGCUAUGACAAGCAAGAUGAAGGUCAUACCUUUCGAUAUCCCAAAGGCUCAGACCGCAACCAAAAGUAUUUGUCAUUGAGACCAGGGCUGUGGGAACAGACUCCGAGCAUGUCCGUUGUCGACAAGGCUAUCGUGACUGGAGAGAGCUUCAACCGUCUCAACCUCGACGACGAUGCGGAAUCGGUACCCGAACUUUCUCCUUCAAGUUCUGCGCCUGGGACGCCCGAUGAUGACUUUAGCAAUCCACCCACCCCAACCCCAAUUGAACGCUCACGAAACGGAAAGCCAAUCCUGGGACAGCGUUUGAUCAUACCGGCAGCAUCAUCGGCGGCACCUCCGUCCGUAUCGCCCGAUGACUUCUUGACCCCCGUCGAGAGUAUGCCAACACCUAAAGGCCGCGUCCUCUUUCCUAGGGAACCCCCCGGCGCAUAUCCUGACUCUCCAGCGGAGGUCAUGCCGAAUGAAACUAAGGUGGAUAAGAAUGAAUUGGCAGAUAUUCUUGGGGACAUUAAGCUCUUUUGA